UCUGCGCUUUUCGUCGGCAAUGGAGCACUUCACUCAUCUCUUCCGGACGCCUACCGCUCUCGCAUCUUCCCCUUGCCAAGCUGUGCUGCCCGCAGCGACUCUGACCGCCUCAUUCCGCUUCUACAUGGGGUUCCAUCAGGGAUAUGGAGUGGACAGACUCGAAUGACACAGGCUUGCUGUAUUGCUGCGCUGUUCUGACUAGAUCGCCGUCGAAUUACUGCUCUUGGAAGGCACGAUGGCUUGUAUUUCUUCUCCUCUUGCCUCCUCUACCUCGUUGGCGAGCGCCGAAGGCCAUGGCCCAACAGGUCUCACGAGAUUUCAGUUUUCGGUUUUCAGCGCUUGCUUUUUCUUCAGCUUCAAGAGAAACGGGGGGAAAAGAUGAAAAUGGGAGCAUCGACGCUCAUGGUCCCAUUUCGACCCCCCUCACGACAACGUUCAAUGCGGUUCAUCCGAGCCUGGUUCCCUCACCGGUUGUCCUCCAUUUGUUUGACGGAAAGCUUGUCCUCGAUACCUUCUCGAGUUCACAUCAUUGCAUUUCUUUUCGUCCUCAGCAACAUUUUGGCCUCUAUCACCGACUUGCCCGUCAUUGCCCAGGGACUGUUACGAGACCCUCGACAAACUUUAAACAAGUGUUAGAAUCCGUCUUGACUCCCUUGUGCACCUUGUGUCUCGACAACAGGUCAACAGCCCUGCCGCGGAAAGCAUGGACGCUUUUCAGCACCAACUCAACAGUCUUGGCACUAUCUCAUCCUCCUAUCCGUCGCCCUUCGCCGAGACGCCUCAUUAUGUCCAGCAUGCCACCUUCUUGCCGUCUCACCAAAUGUCGACGCCGUCGCAACCGCAGACAUCCGCGGCCUCGUAUGAAAUGUACGAAAGCAGCCCUUCCGGUCCUACUACUCCUCCCAACACUCCACGCUCCCAGGACGACACGCAGCAGCAGCAGCUUCACGGCCAUCACCACGAGAUGACCCAAUCUCCCCCCCAGACCCAGGCGUAUGGCACUCAAUCUAUGCAGCCCCAGAUCACAAUGGCUCUUUCCCGUCCUCAGCCCAUCGCGCUUGCCUCGGCGUCUGGUGCUCAUGGCAGAUUCUCUUGCCCUCACUGGACCAAGACCUACUUUCACGCGAAGGACCUGAAGCGCCAUCUGCCGCUCCGUGAGUGAUAACCCACUAACCCACGUAGCUUAUUCCCUAGCUGACAUAAAUGCUCAAUAGACACAGGUGACCGCCCCUACGAGCGUGUGCUUUGUCACGAUACUUCCUCGCAAAAGAACACUCUCAAGUGUCGCUCUCAGAAGCGCUCCAUUCGCCGAAUUAAUCCGACUGGUGCU